AAACGUGAAGUCAGUGCUAGCGUCGCGCUAGCUUUAUUCCAUUACACGAGUAAUCAUUUAUUAAUGAAUGAAUGCAUUUUAUUCGUAUAAAUAGCAGCGAACGUAACUUAAAAUUCCCAUCUUUUAGUCGCCCUGCGUUCAGACUGUGAGAAGUGUGUUUGGCGCUGUUAUAGAGUUUGAAAUGAAGAGCUAACGUUAGCUGUAGCUUUAGCCUGCGGGCUUGAUCUGACCGACCUGCUGGGCUCUUGUUAAACCCUGCUGCUCUCUGGGUGAGUGAGGAUGUACUCUAUCGUGGAGAUGAAGGGCCUGAAGGAUAGAUAUCGCUGUGGCUACUGUGGAAACGGGUGGGGAAAAGUUUCCUACGGUAUGUGGUCCCAUGCGAUGACAGUGCAGGACUACCAGGAUUUGAUUGACAGAGGAUGGAGAAGAAGUGGCAAAUAUGUUUACAAGCCUGUCAUGAACAAGACCUGCUGUCCACAGUACACCAUCAGAUGCCAUGCCUUGGACUUUCAGCCAUCAAAAACACAUAAGAAGAUCUUGAAGAAGGUGAAAAAGUUCCUUUCUAAAGGGGAGAUGCCUGUGGGCCAGUGUGACGGUGGGUGUGAUGGUGUGUUCAAAGAGAUCAGAGGCCUCCUCGAGCCUCUUACUUCCUCUCUUCAGCGGACAGUAGCUAUAGCUGCUGGAAUAUCCCAGUCUUUUUUCUCAGGUGAGCCGAUGGACUCAGCAUUUGAAGCGGGAGGAGGCGUGCCUCCAGUAGAUCCUGUGAAAAUGCAGCAGUCUCAGGUGGAGCGUCCCCUCAUCCCCAGCAGCCCUGAGGGAGAUGGGGACGCCAAACCAGCAUCAUCAGAAACAUCCAGAGAAGAAGCAGCGUCUUCUCCAGCAGUGAAGAGCCCACGACUUGCGCCAAAACCAGGUGUGGGAGCAGACCCCAGCAGGCCUCCGUGUCGAAAAGCGAAGGAUCUGCGGAAAGAACGGCGGCUUCAAAAAGAGCAGCAGAGGCGUCAAGAUGGAGGUACCUUGACGAGUCCAAACCCGACUCCUUUGAACCCAGCGUCCAGUCAGCCCAAAACUGUAGAAGAAUUUAUUGCAGACUCGCUACCUGAUGACGCCGUCCAUCGUCUAGAGGUGAGGCUAGUGCGCUCUUCGCCCCCCAGUCCGCAGUUCAAAGCUUCUUUCGACGCUUCUUACCAAGUGUACAAACUCUACCAGAUGGCCAUUCACCAUGACCCGCCUGACAAGCCUAGCGAGAGCCAGUUUAAGAGGUUCCUCUGUGACUCACCACUAGAGGCAGAGACGUCACCUGACGGCCCUGAUGUUGGAUACGGCUCCUUCCAUCAGCAGUACUGGCUGGACGGGCGCAUAGUUGCUGUGGGGGUCAUCGACAUCCUGCCCAGUUGCGUCUCCUCAGUCUACCUCUAUUACCACCCGGACUUUGCCUCGCUUUCACUGGGCUCAUACUCUGCUCUCAGGGAAAUCUCCUUCACCAGGCAGUUGCAGAAGCAGUCGCCCAAACUGUCCUACUACUACCUGGGCUUUUACAUCCACUCCUGCCCCAAGAUGCGCUAUAAGGGUCAGUACACGCCUUCAGACCUUCUGUGCCCUGAGACCUACGUGUGGAUGCCCAUUGAGAGAUGCAUCCCUCGCCUUGAGACCUCCGCUUACGCCCGCCUCAAUGAAGACGCCCAAGCAGGUGAUGCCCGUGCCCUUAAAGACUUGGGCAGGACUCUGGUGCUGCACAGGAGGACGGUCAUGCCCUAUGCUGCCUACGCCAGGAAACGCAAAGGCCCCAGCGAUGAGAGGGAGGUGGAGCAGUACGCCAGCCUGGUGGGCCAGACGUGUGCGGAGAGGAUCCUGCUCUACCGGGCCUGAAGCACUGCAUCGUCCAGCUCCACACCUUCCUGCACUUGGUCCUCCAUGAAUAACCAUCACUCUGCCUGUUUUUCUGCCUUUUUCUUCCAUAUAAUGCCGCUUGUCUUCUUCCGUCUCUGCGUCCAUCCCUUCAGGUUUCCCCUCAGCGUGUUGUGUUUUCUCUCUGCAUGUCUGUUUCUUGUUCAGUAUGUAGCUACUUUGAGUAUAUACGCAAUAGGCCUCUUACAGAACUGUGCAAGAGUCCUAGGCCAGCUGAGAUGAUAUGUAAAGCUGUUUAUCUGAGCAGUAAUUAUUUGGUGAAGAAUAAAUUCAAGUGAACAUGCAGUACAUUUGUGUAACUUAACCAUUGCCAAAGACUUCUUAAGGAAGUCCUGUAUUUACAGUUACCACCCAGUAAUUGGUCCUUCACCAGGCCUGAUCUAUUUGGAGAACAAAAAAUAAUUAGAGCAAGUAUCUUGGAUACUCAACAUGAUUUUUCAGAUUGCGACAAUGCAAUAUUAUUUUAUAAGCUCGCUUUCUGCAAACUUUCCCAGGCGUCGUGGUCUCACUAACCAAUCACUGUCAUCUCUGUAGUUGGCAUGGCAACAGCCAAGCUGACCGAUCAGAUGAGUCCCAGCAUUAACAACUUUUUAACAGAUACUGCUUUGUUGCUGACAAUGUUAGCAUCUCCAAAAGCAGCUCAGACUGCCCUACACACAUCUCAGUUAUAUGUGGAAGAACUCAAAGAUUCAGCUGCUCAAUAAAAUGAUGAAACUCUC